AUGGUAUCCAGUUUCCGAGUGUCAGAACUCCAAGUAUUGUUGGGCUUUGCUGGACGCAACAAAAGCGGUCGCAAGCAUGAUCUUCUCAUGAGGGCCCUUCACUUGCUGAAGAACGGAUGCAGUCCUGCUGUUCAGAUAAAAAUCAAGGAGCUGUACAGGAGGAGAUUCCCUCGGACAUUAGACAGUGUACCAGACUCUGAUCUGGCCGUUGCUGGCAUCCACUCGUUACCGUCAACCUCUGUAAUGCCUCACUCUCCUGCGUCUCCACUAGGAAUGGUACUCCUGCAGGACACCAAACCUCAGUUUGACAUCCAGCAGCUCUCGCCUCCGAUUCCUCCUGUUCACCCAGAUGUUCAUCUCAAAAGUCUUCCAUUUUAUGAUGUUCUUGAUGUCCUUAUCAAGCCCACCAGCUUAGUCCAGAACAGCCUGCAACGAUUUCAGGAGAAAUUCUUCAUCUUUGCUCUGACCCCUCAACAAGUGCGAGAGAUCUGUAUCUCCAGGGAUUAUAUGCCUGGAGGAAGGCGAGACUAUUCAGUGCAAGUCCAGCUGAGGUUGUGCUUGGCAGAGACUAGCUGUCCUCAGGAGGACAACUUUCCCAGCAGUCUCUGCAUUAAGGUCAAUGGAAAACUAUUUCCUUUGCCGGGAUGUGCGCCACCACCCAAAAAUGGCGUUGAACAAAAACGACCUGGCCGCCCACUAAACAUCACAUCUCUGGUUCGACUGUCAUCUGCUGUGCCCAACCAGGUCUCCAUCUCCUGGGCUUCUGAAAUCGGAAAGAACUACUCGAUGUCUGUGUAUUUGGUGAGACAGCUGACAUCUGCAGUGCUGUUACAGAAACUGAAGAUGAAAGGCAUCAGAAAUCCGGACCAUUCUAGAGCACUGAUAAAGGAGAAGCUGACUGCAGAUCCGGACAGUGAGAUUGCCACCACCAGCCUGCGUGUCUCAUUGAUGUGCCCUCUUGGAAAGAUGAGACUAACACUUCCUUGCCGAGCGGUCACCUGUACCCACCUACAGUGCUUUGAUGCUGCCCUCUACCUGCAAAUGAAUGAGAAGAAGCCCACCUGGAUUUGCCCUGUGUGUGAUAAGAAAGCCAGCUACGAAAGUCUAAUAUUAGAUGGGCUUUUCAUGGAGAUUCUAAACCAUUGCUCAGAUGUGGAUGAGAUUCAGUUUCAGGAGGACGGAUCUUGGUGCCCCAUGAGACCAAAGAAAGAGCCGCUGACCUCCCCAAGCUCUCAAGGGACUGACCUAAUCAAUACGAUGUACUCAAUAAUAGAGCCCACCGAGACAAAAAGUAAGAAGAAGGCGGAGGUCAUAGACUUAACCAUUGAGAGCUCUUCAGAAGAUGAGGAGGAACCAGCAGCCAAGAAGAAAUGUCUUUACAUGCCGGAGACACCUAUGCCUCAGACAAAAGGGUAG